GCGGAUUCGGAGAAGGCGCGCGCGUGGCCCGGGCCGGGUGCACGCUGCCAGUCUGGUUUCUGCCUCCUGCACCCAAGUGCCCAGUGGCAGCCCCUGAGUUUCUCUCCACCGCAGAUCUGGCCACCUUAACAGAGCUUCGCGGAUGGCCCACUCCGCACAAAAGCCCCUUCAGGGCCUCCGCUCCCUUCUUCCAUUCCUCGGGUCGCAAAUGCGAGUGUUUGGCCAGUUGCGGUUCCUCCACAAGGGACCCCGGUUACUUUUGCUCUUCUUGACUGUCCCCUCCCCCCUUCCCAAGAGACCAGUUUCUUCUCGGUCUAGAAAGAAAGUUUCAGGUUUCUGAAACAGAUCGCGAACUUCGUCGAGAAAAUUCAGUUGGAACAUCAAGACUGGCACACUCCUUUUCCUCAGACAAUAGGCAGGAGCCAGGCAGAGCCCAGGAAUUCUUGAAACACCUCUCUUCCAUUUGGAGGACACUAAGUUUUAUUUGACGACAAAGGCAGUUCAAUAUGGCAGCAGGACUGAAGGGACACGAAGGAGUUGUCACAGUGAUUUGGUGACAGUUCUUCCAACAACAGUGUCUUAAGGGAAGGUGGAUCAAGAAAACCCAGAACUUUGGGGUUGCAUUGAGAACUCGGCAUGGCUCAGGUAAAAAGCUCUAGAGUCCUCCUCCUUCAAGAUAACUGGGAAGCGUGUUUGCAGUUUCACUCUUAAAUGCUGCCUUAGUCAACAUACUGACCAACCCAGUGAGCCAAGCUCUGUAUUAAGCACCAGGGGGAGAUCUAGAGGAAGGAAAGGAGACAGGCCACAGCCCCUGCCUUCAGGGAGUUUCCAGUCAAAUGAAGGAGGUAGGCUAUACUGCAUCACAGGCACUGAUGGGACCUUUGCAAAGCAACAGGCAAGUCUCCUGGCUUGUGAAGGCCUAGCAGGUGUGAGUUUGGUUCCCACUGCAGCCAGCAAGAAGAUGAUGCUGAGCCAGAUUGCCAGCAAGCAGGCCGAGAACGGAGAGCGGGCAGGUAGCCCUGAUGUGCUGAGGUGCUCCAGUCAGGGCCACCGAAAAGACAGCGAUAAGUCCCGGAGCCGCAAAGAUGAAGACAGCUUGGCUGAGGCCUCUCAUUCAAAAAAGACUGUUAAAAAGGUUGUAGUAGUGGAACAAAAUGGUUCUUUUCAAGUAAAGAUUCCCAAAAAUUUUGUUUGUGAACACUGCUUUGGAGCCUUUCGGAGCAGUUACCACCUCAAGAGGCACAUCCUUAUUCAUACCGGUGAGAAGCCAUUUGAGUGUGAUGUAUGUGAUAUGCGCUUCAUUCAGAAGUACCACUUGGAGCGUCACAAGCGUGUGCACAGUGGUGAAAAGCCCUACCAGUGUGAACGGUGUCAUCAGUGUUUUUCUCGGACAGAUCGAUUACUCAGACACAAACGGAUGUGCCAAGGGUGCCAGUCCAAGACUUCCGACGGGCAGUUUUCUCUAUAGGCGCAAGGGGCCCUGGGUGGUGGGAGUGAUGAGAAGAAUCUACCGAAGAACGCACCCUCCUCUGGUCUGACGGUCCCACCACCACCCCGUGUGUACCUGUCCCCUCCUGGAGGAGUGGACCUAGGAGACCAGAAGAGUGCAUCAGGGGACAACAGCCCCAGAGCCUCAGCUCUGUAAAUAAUCUGAGACUAUGAGUAUCUCGGGGAAGUUCCUACAGCAUUCCUGGGCAGGAAAGCUAGUCCCUGGACCCUUGGCUGAGGUCAUAGGUGGGGGACUCAAGGUACAGGACCAAGACUGAAAUGUGGCUCCCACAACCUUGGACUCCAACUGGCAGCUGAAAUGAAAAAGAUUGGGAGAGGGAUUUGUUUAUUUGUUUGUCCUGUUCUUAUUUUUGUUUAUCCAAAAGCAAUUUCAGCAGGUACACUGUGGAUACAGGUAAUCUGGAGGUAUAGAACCAUGGCCACAGGGACGAUGGGUGGUCCAGCCCUCCAGAAUUGAGUUUUUAGUUGCAAUUGAUCCUCAGUGUUCCACAGCCCUGCCCCUUACCUCCUGUUUGAAGGAGAAUAGGAUCAGGGAUGGCAGCUGAGCUUACUUUGGCUUCCUUAUACACUGUAGGGACAAAAGGAAGAACAGUAGGAGGAGCAGACGAGGGCUGGAUCCAAGAAGAGUGGACAGGUACCUGUUAUUUCCUCCGGGGAAGAGUAAGAGUUGUGCCCAUGGAUGUUGUAAUGAACCAUGCCACACUGGUACCUAAUGGGGUCAGCCUAAGUGCCUUUUGGAGGAAACUUGGGUGACAGUGGCUCAUGAAGCCCUUUCCUUCUCUCUUUGGGCAGUUGACCUUGGAAAUAGUUUGUGGCUACCUCGCUGCCAUUGAUUCCUAAGCCAAACAGGGGUGUUGAGCCAGGGAGUCAUGGAUAUCAAAGUAGUUCUUCCUCCUUGUGCCCUCUUUGGAACCACCCAAGACUAGUCCUAAGUUGAGUAACACCUGUUCAGGAAACAGGAAUUAGGUGUCCCUUGACAUGACAGUUGAGCAGUGUGAGCUGUUCUCUCUGCCCAAGUCCUAUCACUGUAUUCAGGUAGAGGAGAUAGGGGUCUGGCCUUUGGUCCCAAAGAACAAGAUCUUGGCUUCCUUCUUGAUGGCCAUCCCUACCCAACAAAGAAUUGGGGGGAGUAGAAGAGCUGCAGAGAAAGGACUGAGGAUGAAACCUAAUGUAGGUUUUAUUCUUAACCAUACUCUUUGCUUCUCUCUGCUCCCAAAACCAUCAUCCUAUCCACCCUCAAAAAAAUGAUCUGGGGAGUGUGUGUGUGAGUGUUGGUGUUUGUGUGCUUGGAGUCGGCAUAUUAUUGAGCCAGGCUCUUCUCUGGCCUCUGCGCAGGGGAGGAUGAGCAUGAAACAGCCUCCCCCGCCCCAAACCUGAGGGUGUGUAAGGUUCCAGCAGGAACUGAGAAACUCAAAUUUAGGGAACAGGAGGGCUUUGUUUUGGAGGUGUUUUUGUUUUGUUUUUGUUUUUAGAUUGAUUCAACAGAGUGGGGGUUAGAUGUUUCUAACUUAUGCCAGGAGCUUGUGAACGUGAAUUUUCUAAAGUGAAAUAAAAAGCCCUCUUCCUGCUAAGGAAAGGAUCCUUAUGGAAGGCCUGGGGUUUGUGGCCUGUGUUCUGUGGCCUGCCCUGACCUGUGGAAUGAGGAGUAAUCAUGGAGACUUGAUGAACCUGACCAAGCUGUCAGUGGGGAUCCUAUGGCCUCUAGGAAAUGUGAGUUCUUUCCCAGAAAGUGUAGGGGACAGCAGCAACAUACUCCUGGCUGUUACCUAUUCUGGAAGAGAGCAUGGGGGAGUGGGGCAGCCCUCUGUACCUCUGAGGUGUGAGGAUCUCAGGGAAAGAGGAAAGGGGCAUGACACCUUUUAGGUUUUUCCUGAGAGCAUCUGAGAUCCUUUGGGGAGACCUUGGGGAAUGUGUGUGCCACCCUGUGCUUUAGGCUGGCACUCCCAGGGGUUGUGUCAGAAUCACCCUGUGGCCCCUGUUAGGGCAUUUUUCUGCAUGUGAGCCAGCCCCUUCCUGGGAGAGUGCUCUGCUCAGGCUGGAAUUUGUCUAUUGUCCGCCUCUGGGAAUAUGUUCUGGGAAGGAGGAUACGUUUAGAAAAUUGUCCUCCCAAGAGCGCUUUUGAAAAUGGGAGGCCUCGCUCCCUGCCACUGGGUUGUGGGUUGGGGUGGGUGGGUGUGGAGAGAAGCACGUGAGUGAUCCAUGCCCCUAUGUGUGUGAAUGUGUGUUUAGGUCAGGAUGUGCCUGGCCCCGACAGGCCUCACAUUCCUGCCUGAGAGAGUGGGAGAAGGGAAAUUAAGUGGAUUUGUAGAGCCAUACCAGAACCACCCCUGCCAACGCCUGGGUGUGGGGGAGACCCAGGAGCAGGGGGUUAGUUUGGUUGUCCAGGUGCUGAUGUUCUGGGGCCAUGGAUGUAUAAGGAGAGGGAAGCAAAGAGGUGAAAGUGAUUUAGCGCCCAUGGGGGGGCGGGUGCAGGAGCCCCACUUAUACCCCAGGGAAACCAUAGACUAAGACCGCCGCAAAGGCUCCUGGGCCCAACACCCCACCCUUUGUUUGCUGGGAUGGGGUCUAGCACUGGAAAGAUGCCUCAGGUGUGUUUGGAGUGAAGGGAAAGGGAGAUAGGGCAGGCUCUCAGAGACCAGGCUGUGGAAUUGGACCCGGGAAAGAGUAGCCCCGGUUCCUGGGUGAACUGCUAUACCAGGCCCUACCAGCCCUGCCCUUCCCAGCACCCCAAGUCUUUUCCGUCCACCCCCAACAGCCUCUUGUCAUCACUUAGCUACUGAUUGUGCCCCACGGCUUGACAUCGGAGGGUUAAGAGACACAGAGUCCCGCCACGACUUAUACUAGUAACCCUCUCCUCAGACUCUGCCUCUGCUGUAGCUCUGGGGCUUUUAUCUUAAUCCCUCCUACCUGCCUCACCACCCACCCUCUCUCUCUCUUUCUCUCUCUCUCUCUCUCUCUUUUUUUUUUUAAUAUACUUAUUUUGCUAUGGGGGGUGGGGAAUAUCAAAUGAACAAGAUCACUUUUAAAUGGUAGUUUUUAUAAGAUGUUAUAAACUUGUAUCUUUUUACCAUUAAAGUGCAGUGUAUGUU